AUGAUUGAUGUUCUUUCUUCACUUGUGGAUGUUAAUCAACGAUUUCGUCGAUUAGCUCUUGAUUCUCUUUAUAUUCGAGACCUUGAUAUGACUUGUAUGACGCCCAUCAACUCACUGUAUGAUCAAACAUCGUCAAUAAAUACUCAAGUUCUCUCAAAAAUUUAUAAAAAUAUCUUACCUCAAAUUCAUCAUCAAGUAUAUAAACUCACUGUUGAAGAAUAUUCAAUGAAACAAAUUCUUCGUGCUGCCAACUAUCCUCAACUUUAUUCAUUAUCACUUUUCAAUUUUCAAGAAGUAACACUUCAUCAAUAUUUAAGAGAUGAUUUAAUUCUUCGUGAUCUUCUUACCGAACAAAUCACACAUCUUAAUGUUGUUAUUAAAACAACAACAGAAGAAAGGUCGGAAAUUGCUCCAAGUAUUUUUGCAUUCAUCUUAUCUUUAUGUAAAAAAUUAAUUGCUGUGAAUAUUCAUCACAUGUUUCCUAUACGACCGGCUUUGUUUCCUCUUUUUGGUCUACUACGGAAAAGUAGUAUGCCUUCAACAUUAAUCAAAUUGAAAAUCAAUGUCGCAACUUUAUUUGAUUGUCUUUAUUUGCUUGAUGGACUUCUCGUUUGUUUAUCAACACUAAUUGUUCAUGUGAACCAGAUAUUUCAUCCAUUUGGGAAUAUAGAUCCAACAAAAAAACUUCCCAAAUUGAAACAUUUUUCACUUACCACAUGUCGUCACACAUUUGAAUAUGAUACUCUAAUUGUUCCAUUACUUUGUCGAAUGAUAAAUCUUGAAGAAUUGAAAUUAUAUCUAUCAGUUGGAAGAUUUGACUCGACUUAUAUUGAUGGGAUUCAAUUAUAUGAACAAUUUCUUAUUUAUAUGACACAAUUAAAGAAAUUUACAUUUAAUAUCAAGACACAGGUCGAGAACAGGAAUGUGACAAUUGAACUUCCAUCGAAUGAAGAUAUUCAAUGUACUUUCAUUGGAAGAAAUUAUCCAGAAGUAGUUUCAUAUAUUAAUACUAAUCCAUGUGAAUGCGACGGCGAAUGCCAUAUCUAUACACUUCCCUAUGACUUCGACUAUUUUCUUAAUCUCAACAAUUCUUUUCAAGGUGGCAUGUUUCAUAAAGUUCGACAAUUGACGAUGAAAGAUAUGAUUGCUUUUGAACAUGAAUUAUUUCAACUCAUCUCGCAAGACUUCCCUUUUCUCGAAUACUUACGUAUAUAUAAUGGUUAUCCACAAAAAGACAAGCAACAUUCAUUAUCAACAUUGAUUACAUUUUCUUAUCUUACAUUUCUUGACCUAGAAUCGGCAUAUGUUGACUAUGCAGAACUAUUUCUUUUGAAAAAAAAUAUGCAUCUACCUCGUUUGGUUACACUUACCAUGCAAUACAAAUCACUUACAACGGUAACACACAAUUUUACCGCUGAUGCAACGCAUUUUAAUUUUAAUAAAUUGAAAAGUCUUCGUGCAUCUCGAAAAUUUGUGCGUCCAGAAAAUUUUCAUCAAUACUUUCCUUUUGUUACUUUGUUAGAAAUUGUUUGA